GAACCAGUCAGGAAAGGGGUAGAGAGUAGAUGUGGCUCUCACUGCCUGCUCCCUGGGAACAGGAGGCGCUGGGAGUGGAAGCAGGGAAACCCAAGCAGCAGGACUGCUAGAGUCCCCUGGCAGGGUAGGCAGAAGAAACCUGAGAACUAAAAGAGGAAAUAACAAGAUUUCAGCUGUCCUGAUAAUGCCCAAAUUCAUCCAAAGAACUCCAUGUAAAUGCUUCAAUAAUGCUGACCAAAUUAAAAGAAAACCUGUGUGGAAAGGAAGAGAGCAGGAAAGCAGAACAUGCCCCAUGUGAGUACUGUCCAUUCAGCUGGGUUCUGCAUGAGAGGAAAUGCUACUACUUCUCUGAGAAGAAGAAAACCUGGAGUGAUAGUGAGAAGUACUGCAGCUCCCAGACAGCUAGCCUGGCUGUGAUUGACAGCGAGGAGGAGAAGAACUUUAUAACAACCAUGCUGACGAAAGCACGUGGCUACAGCUGGCUUGGACUCACUAAGGAGAACAAUAGAUGGAUGUGGGUGACUGGAGAUGUAUUACUACCAAAAAUGUUUCAUAUGAAAGAGGGCAGCAGCAGUAACUCCACCUGUGCAGUUUUCCAUGUGACUGGUAUUCAGGCUGAGAAGUGCUUCAAUCCCAACAAAUGGGUCUGUGAGAAAAACACCAUGGAAUUUCCAGCCCUAUUUGAACGCCUGCAGGACUGA